AUGAGUUCCCCCUUCCGUAUUCAGAAUGACGGCAACAAUAAUAGCAACAAGCCAGCCAGUGCCACACUUGACGCAGAACACCACACUUACGUUUCAGACGAACAAGCGGCGACAGGCAGAACCAGAAAUUAUUCCAUUAGUGAAGCAUUCAAUAUUAACAACAAUAGCAACUUUGACAUUGGUGGCAGAAGUUACGUCAGUAUGAGCUACCGACCAAGUUUGCUUGCGAAUAUGAAUUUUCCCCAGGUCAAUAGUGGGGCCGAAGUCCACGAACAAACAGCAGGCUUGGCAGAUAUUGGGGUCAUAGAAGGUGGUGAGAAUGAUAGUGAUGAUGCACAAUUGCAGGAUCUACCAUUGGAGAUGGGACAACCGUCGUUUAAUGAGUCUGCAACAGAAGAGUCCACAACCCCGUUACUUGGAAACUCACCCACAAGAUACUAUGGACAAUCACCACAACACAUUGAUGAAUCGGAGAUUGGAUUUGGAGCAUUAGGGGAUGAAGACUAUGCGAGAUCACCGCCACGCGUCUCCGGUCACGAUCAUAAGAAAACCCCAGAAAAGCAACCACAGCCAAGCAAGUUGCACCACUACUUGUUGCAACCAAUUCGUUUCAUACCUGGUGUCUUUCUUGGAACAUUGCUCAACAUUUUGGAUGGGCUUUCAUACGGGAUGAUCAUGUUCCCAAUUGGUGAAACCAUCUUUUCGUCGUUGGCGCCAGCAGGUCUCUCGAUGUUCUACAUGUCAUGUAUUGUCAGUCAGUUGGUCUACUCGCUUGGGGGUUCCGCCUUCAAGGCAGGUAUCGGUUCUGAAAUGAUUGAGGUGACACCGUUCUUCCACACCAUGGCGGGGUCCAUUGCGAAAGAGUUGGCUGGCUCUAGUGAUGAUGCUAUAAUAGCCACCACGAUCGUCUCCUAUGCCAUAUCUUCCAUCGUCACCGGAUUGGUGUUCUUCUUGCUCGGUAAAUUGAGAUUGGGAGUGCUUGUAGGGUUCUUCCCACGUCACAUAUUGGUCGGGUGUAUUGGUGGUGUUGGGUAUUUCUUGGUUGCCACAGGUGUUGAGGUAUCUUCCCGAUUGGAGGGUGGGUUGUCCUACAACUUUGAGACGUUCAAGUACUUGUUUUUCAACCACAUCACGUUGUUGGAAUGGACAAUUCCGCUUGCAUUGGCAGCAGUGUUGGUGUUGCUUCAACACCGAUUCCACAACUCCUUGUUGGUUCCAUUGUAUUUUAUUUUUGUUUUCAUCGCGUUCCAUUUGGUGGUUGCUGUUGUGCCGCAAUGGAGUUUGAAUACAGCCCGUGAUGCCGGUUGGGUGUUCCCGUUGGUCGAAGGCAAUGAGCCGUGGUACGGGUUCUACAGCUUGUACAAGUUUGGUGUUGUUGACUGGCUCUGUAUCUUGCGUCAACUCCCGACUAUGUUGGCGCUUACCUUCUUUGGUAUUCUUCAUGUCCCAAUCAACGUUCCAGCAUUGGCGGUUUCUGUUGGCAUGGAUGAGAUUGAUGUCGACAGAGAGUUGGUAGCACACGGGUACUCGAAUGCAAUCUCGGGUUUGGUGGGAUCGAUCCAGAAUUAUCUUGUCUAUACCAACUCGGUGUUGUUCAUACGUGCCGGUGCGGACGACAGGUUGGCCGGUGUGAUGUUGGCCAUUGCUACAGCUGCGAUUAUGAUGGUCGGCCCUGUGGUUAUUGGGUAUAUUCCUGUUUGUGUUGUCGGUGCGUUGAUCUACUUAUUGGGGUACGAAUUGCUUAAGGAGGCGUUGUACGACACCUGGGGAAGGCUUCGCAAAGUUGAGUACACCACCAUUGUUAUCAUUGUUGUGACCAUGGGGGCCGUGGACUUUGUUGCUGGUAUUGGUGUUGGUAUCAUCCUCGCGUGUUUGUCGUUUGUCGUUGAAGCUGGCCGAACCCCAGUGGUGGAAGGUAUCUACACGGGAAGUGUUGCUCGAUCCACAGUUAUGAGACACCCGAAACAGCAAGAGUUUCUUAAGCACGUUGGUGAUCAGAUCUACAUUAUCAAGUUGCAAGGCUCGCUUUUCUUUGGUUCCAUUGGUGGUGUCGAGAAGGUGAUCAAGAACUUGUUUGAGGAGGAGAAAUUCAGUCUCAACCCUAUUUCGUAUUUGAUAAUUGAUAUGAAGGGUGUGAUUUCCUUGGAUUUCUCAGCCGCCGAAGGGUUCCGACGCAUUUUGAAUUUGACAAACUCGUUCAAGACCCAGUUGAUCAUUUCGUCGGUCUCGGAAGAUGACGACAUUACCCAGGGCUUGCGCGAUGCUGGGUUGUUUGACAAUGGUACAAAUUCGCCGAUUGAGUUGUUCAGCAGCUUGAAUUACGCAUUGGAGUGGUGUGAGAAUUCGUUCUUGAAGACGUAUAAGAAGUUGAAGAAAACCGGAUUAGACGCACAUAGUAAAUCCAAAUCUGUUCCUACCUCGACCGGCACGAGACAGCCACAAUUCCAGUCGCCAUCUUCAUUUGGAGCCAAGUUGUUUGGUAAAUUUGGAGAGCUCGGAACCACGCCUCGAAGCAACCAGGUUUUGCAGGCGGCCAGUAAAACGGUGUAUGAUGAACACAAGACACAGAGUAAGUUUGAGGUUAACAAGAACUCGCUUUUCCAGAAACAGCCAUUGUCAUUGAUGAUGAUCACAUUCCAGGGUCUUUCUAAGAAGGAUGCUGAGUUCUGGGCCAAGCUUGCACCAUAUUUUGUCAAGGAGAAGGUGCCUGAAAACUAUCAAUUUUACGAUACAAAGACAGAUGAUCCGGCAUUCUUUAUUGUUGAGUCCGGUUUGAUACGGUCCGUGAUAAAGUUUGAGAGUGAGGGGAGAGAGUUGCAUAGUAGUAUUUUGCCGUUGGUGGCGUUUGGUGAUAUUGACGAUGCUUCGGAGUAUAGACAGAUAACAUACACCACGGUGAGUGAUUCGGUGGUGUGGAAACUCAGCAGGGCCAAGUUGCACGAGAUGUUGGACAAGCAAGGGGCACAGGGCCAGGAUUUGUACCAUGAAUUGUUGGAAGUUGAAGCCAAGUUGAUCAGAGACAGAUUUGACACCAUGACUGCUAAUUUGAUCAUUGCUGGGUAA